CAUCCACUCAUCCAAAACGUAAACAAAAAUCUAGUUUUUGUCUGAAAAAAAAAAAUCAAAAAGUGUUCUUGUUUCGAAGUUAACGUAAAUUUCGCGUAUUAAAUGUAUUUCAAUACAAAUCUAACAGCAAAUACCAGUGACCGAAAUGUCAUCGGAAAAAAGAAAACGUAAAUCAACCCGCACGCCACCGGUAGCCGCCGUCAGGAGCGAUUCGUCCAGCGAACGCGAACUGAUCAUCGAUCUACCGAGCACCAGCACGGGCGGCGGUCGGACCACAAGAUCCUCUCGGCCGAUAACUCCCAAAAAGACCAGCCCCGACAAGCGGCCACCCUCGACGAGGAAGAAACGUCGCCGGCCACGGUCCAGCAGUUCCAGCAGCGAUGUCGAGGAUCAAACUCUGGAGGAAACAAUCCAGCGGGUGGCCGUUAGUAACAACAUGUCCCAGGAAAGCAUUAAGAAGAUCCUGAAGAAGCUGGUCCUGAAUGAGCACAUUCUGGCAACGGUGAAAUUGAAGGAGGAAGAAGAAGUCCGGGAAGCGAAUACCCACCCCGUCCCGGUCAAAGAUGGCAUGGAAGGUGACGAUGAAGAAGAAGACUCCACUGCAGCUCAGGUCAAGCUAACCCGGUUGAAAGCCAAGCAGCUGAAUAAGCCACCGCUUCCGAUAGUUCCUUUGAAAGCGCCGAUAGCAAACGAAGAAGUGGCUGCGCUAAUUCGAGAAGAGCUCGGUUCCGACGAUGACGACGAGGAGUAUCAACCUACGGAGGAUGAUAUUCCCUCCGAUGAUGACCCCAACACAACUAUAUCGGACAUCGAUUCGCAACCGCGGACGCCGAUCGCACCGUCAACCCCAGGCGGCACGGAAACGGAAGAAGAGUCCACCUUGUACAGCAGGGAUGGACUGUUCAAGGUGCCGCGGAUACGUAACGACAGUUACUGCUCCGAACAGGAGCAGGAGAACAUUGCCCGGCGGACCCGAUCGAAGCUGUGUCUGCAGACGACGGCCAUCGAAACCAUCGAGUCGACGUUCUUCCCGCCGGACAUUACGACCGAUAUGUACGAUUUCGACUGCGACAUGGAUCACGUCUGGAAGGAGUUUCUGAGCGAGUUCACCAAGCCGUUGCCCAACCACGCUGAAGACGACGAUGACACCGAUCCGGAGUACGUGGCGGCUGAUCAAGUACCAGUUGACGCUGAGGAGCUUCGCGAAGUCAAGGUCUCCAGGAAAGAGCUCAACGAACUGGUUUCGGAACUGCUGGAAAUGAGCGGAAUUAUUGACGAGUCUUUCCUCAAUGAUGCUACACCAAAUAAUACUUUGGUUCCUGGUGGGGCAAUUGAAGCUCCCAGCAGUCAGGAUCAAGAUCAGCUAUCCCAAGAAGUUGAAGACACAGGGCAGUCGUCUGUGCUGAACACCCCACAGCCAAAAUUGUCUAGUCCGGUGAAGGAGCGUUCUGUUAGUCCCGAACGAAUCGUCAAUAACUCCGUAUUCCAACCAGAAACGGUGUCCACCCCUGUGGCACCCCUUGCAGAAAAUCGUGUAGUUCUUGUGACACCUGCUUUGUUGCCAGCCACUGCAGACGUGCAAGCGAGUGGUCCAGAAUGUGGAGUACCUAGUGUACAAUUGUACACGGCUGCUAUACCAUCCGUAGAAGGCAAUGUACAAAUCGUAGCUCCUGUUCCGCAACAGUCUGCGGUGAUUUCCGAAGUAGGCGAAACUAGUCUGAACAGCACUGCGCUGGCGCCUGUGCCGCAGCCUACUACUCCAACUGUCCAACCCACAGAAAGGCGGAUAGUUUUCAUAACUCCAGGCUCUCAAACUAAUGGUUCAACCUGGACAGUUAUUAGCACCAGUCCUGGAAAUUCCAUUUUGCAAUCUAGUUCUUCGUUUAUUGACCAAUCGGCAAUAGCACAAACUAGUUAUUCCAGUGCCAACAAUUCGCAACAGCUGGCCGAUGCCCCGAAAAGCCUCACUCUAAGCGGUAACUUCUUCCUCCAGAUAGCAACGCCGGAUGAGUCCAGCUUCUACAAGUACUACAUACCGUCGAAGACUUUUACGGUUCCCCAAACGGACCGGACUCCAGUGCCACCGUCGGAACGAAGGUAUCGCUUCACGCACAGCCUGGUGCCGGUGACUGUAACAUACCACGAGGGCCAAACGGGUUUCACGAGCUUUCAGCUGCAAAUUUUCCAACAACAGCUCCGGCAGCACGUCCAAUUUGCGGCGCAGAGUUUUAUGCAGAGCUACGCGCAUCCCAAGUUUUGGCAGAUGGCCAAAACUUUCAAGGAAAUGCUACUUGAACUGCAGCAAAUGGCAACCGACAAUCCAUCGGCCAAAGCGUGGAAUUUGGAUGGCGCUGUCGAGUGCUGCCUCAGCUGGGAAAAGGAACUCGAGGCAGAUUCGGACGAAAACAAGGAUUUUAUCCAGUUUCAAUUGGACGAAGUUAGCAAAGCCGAAAAGGCCAAGAAACUGAACAAAUACUACCAGGGUUUCUUCCACCCGAAGAUGAUGGAACACGUAGUCAACAACCCGGUUUUUAUGUAUCCCAAAAUGCUUCCCUACACCCCAUUCCGGACGGAUCUGCGCUCGGAAAGUCGUUUCAUCAAAGCCGAGGAACGGCUCAUCGCAUUCGGGUUGGAAAUGUUCUUUUACAUCGCCAAGAAAGAGCUGAACAAGCACAAACCGCACGUUGAGAAAGAUCCCACGGUCAUGCAGGUGUGUCGCUACAUCAGCAAGUAUCUGAUCACCUGCCAAACCGACAAGCAGUUGUAUUCGUACAUCAGCACCCGGCGGCAACGGGGCGACAAGAUGAAUCCUAUCAAGUAUUACUUCACACAUUCGAAGGGACCAGUAUUCCAACAUAUCUUGGAAUCUACGGAUUUCAGCAAUGUGAUACCACCGGUGGGCUACCAGAAGGGAGAACUGCCACACCUGUGGGAUAAAUACAUCUACUCGAAGGAGAGGUUGGCGAAGCUGAGCAACAGCAAGCAAGCCGAUCCCGAAGUUAUCACCAUUCACGAAUCGGUGCAAGAUUUCAGCAAACGAUCUCAACCUGCCGCGGCGGCGGUCGCCGAAUCCGUCCCGGAGACACCUCCUCCAGCACUGAACAUCACCAUCAGCUUGGUCAUCGAUCCGCAUCAACCUCCGAUACCGCUGAAUCAAGACUUUGCAGUCGAAGAAAAAGAGCAAGACAAGGAUAAAUCCAUCGUUGAAUCAGAUCCGCCACCGCCGUACCUGGUCGAAAUCAAGGAGGAAUCGUCCAUUUCGAUCGACGACGAUUCCCGGGAUCUUGGCGAUUUCGAUGACCACCCGGAUGUUUCCGUAGGUGCCGUUACGGAGAAAAAUAGUAGCUGCGGAUGUAAUUGCCAUCAUUUGGACCACAGCCAUCGUAGUAGCGAGUGUCAGUUCCGUACCAAGAGCGACACCCCGAAAGGUCAGAAACGACUGACGGAUUACUUUUCCUCGAUCAAUAAAAACGUAUCUGCGAAUGACCUGCGGAAAACUAGGCUAAAGGAAAAGUUGUGGGAGAUUUACCAACGCUUCCGGGAUUCUUGUUUGAGCGAAAUCGACGCCGAGAAGAUACAGGGACGGACGGUUCGGAAAGUGUUUGACCGCUUCCGGCUGAUCGAAGGUUUCAGCUGCUUUCUGGAGAAGCUUCAAAAGAUGAGUUCCAGCCAUGGUUCCAAAAAGAUGGAUGUGAUCAUGGCCAAGAAUGAGCAUUCAAUGUCCAACGAAAUGGGCAGCCGGGGGCACCGAUCCAGCGAGUGUGAACACCGGGAUGCAAAUUUUGCGUACAACUUUUUCGAGAAAGUCGAGGAAACGUUGCUGUCGGAAAACAAGCACAGCAUGUACGAGAGCUUUCUGGACAUCCUGCAGACGUUCAACGCUGCGGAGGAUCGCGUUCCAGAUCUGUACCAGAAAAUUGAAAACCUCCUGCUGGAGGAUCAUCCCGAUCUAGUGGAUCUGUUCUUGACAUUCCUGCUGCCAGGCCAGGCGGCGGAAGUCGGGCGGUUUUUCGAGCACUUCAUCCUCACAAACGCGAACGACUUUCUGGCCAAGUUGAACAUCUACUUUGCCAAACAACCGGCACAGAUCAGGAAGAUCUACUCCUGCUUGAACGAUUUGUCCUGCGAAGAAGAUGUAACAAUGGAGUGCAUAAAAUCCCGAAUUCUACCGCUGCUGAAAGGAAACCCUUUGCUCAUCGAAUGGUUUCUGCAGUUGUUCCCACUGGAAAGUCCCACGGAGGGUAACACAUCAGACUACGAGGUAAUUUCCAUUAAGAAACUACCCCACGCAGAUCACCCCACGGACCCGGAUGAGGUCUACGAGGAGGUUCCCUUUGUGGAUUUGGCUCCGGAAACGGCCGGCGAGAGUACCGUUUGUGGCACAAAGUACAUCCAAGGUCGAAUCAUGUACGGUACCCAGCCGGCUAGGUUGACCUUUUUGGCUCACGACUGCAUGACUACUUUGUCGUCGGCCGCAACACAACGGGGAGAGAAUCCUGGACUGAAAGGUUGCGUUCAUAAUGUGCGCAGUGUGGACAAUCGACCGAAAGCAACGACAGCGGACGGCGGUGAGUCUGGUACGACGGCUAGCGAUGGUAGAGAGCCGUUGCCACAAACUGCGGAUCAUACCACGCCGGAGGAAGUCCAUCAGCAGCAUGAGGACUCGGCUCGGUAUAAGCUGUGCGACGAGGCCACGUUCAAUGCACAUGCCAUCCGACUGAAUCCGCUUGUGCAUGGGGUGAAGGGCGUGACGUACGCCGAUGUGGCACAUUUGCUGGUGCCGGAUAUGAAUGUUCCGGACGAAAGAGCCACCAACCAACAACGUCAUCGAGGCACCACGACAAUAGAGAAACAGAAUGCCAUGCGAAUCAACGUUGGGCGUAACCAACAAAAUCUCUCCGAGGACGACAGAUCCAAUUCCCCAAAGAAGCAACAGAUCAAAACCGUCCCCAAGAAGCGAAUAAAUUCUCCGGUCAGCAAAAAACCUGCGACGGGCAAAAACUCUCCAACGGCCUGCAAAAAGGCACCCUUUUCGGUAUCCCCGGACUCGAAAGCAUUGCUAACAUCUAAAAAGUUGAAGCAGUUGAUUGAAUCAUCACCUGCUCCAGCGAACGCGCCGGAGCCAUCCUCCUCGAGCUCAACCGGUGUGAAAAGGAAAGCGCUCCCCGUCGCCAGUGCAACUCCCAGCAGCUCCAGCUCCAGCAGCACCAUCACGGCGCCACCAACCGAAACAGCAGCAUCCGUUCCGAUAAAGAAAGAGCGGUGUGACGAGAGCGAGUCUAAAGAUUGUCCCGAACAGCCCAGUCCAACCAGCUGGACCAGAGAUGAAGACAAGGUGAUCCUGGAGGAGAUCAAGACGGGGUACAGUUCGGUUGAACAGCUGGUGGAGCGAAUCGGGAUGAAGAUUCAGGGAAGGAGUGCGACCGAGAUACGACUGAGGUAUGAAUUCUUAAUGGAAGUGCUGAAGAAAUUUCAGCGACCCAAUUAGGGGAGUGUGCUAGGGUGUGUUUUCUGUUUGUGUAGUUAUAGGUGCAUUUUGUUUCUAGUGUAGAUUUUAUUUAUGUUUUUUUUUCAAAUUGUCCAUCAUGCAAUAAAAGCUAUGUACGAACUA